CACCAACAUAUAGCAUUAAUGACAUCACUGAGGCGACUAUGAAUGGCCCUGACGCACUUCAAUCAAUUCCCACAGUGGCAACAAUAGCUUCCUCAAUAAAAGGAAUGCCGACUGACAUGUCUGAAUCCGAUGCUACUAUUGGGUCAAAACCAACAUUUUCUGGACAAAGUACAAAACAACCAGAUGUGCAAACAGAACUCACUCGUCAAAAAAUUGUGAACAUCAUUGAUCACCAAUUUGACCUUGAGAUUCUUUUGCGUCAUGCAGAGAGAGCAACUAUAACACAAGAACUCCUCAAAGCAGAGCGUAUGCUAGAAGAUCUCCGGCACGCUAUUUUGAGCGAACGUCAGGGAUCACCCUACGGUAACUCAACAAUCUCACGUACCUCAGGAAGCCAAAAUCCACAGCAAUAUACCAGUGCCCGACUGAGCAGGCGAACGACGGCUUAUCAGGGACAAACCGUGCGACAACCGGAGGCUCUUUACGCUGUCCGCGCGGAUGGACAGUUUGUUAAACUAGGCUGUCCAAAAUGUGACCGAUACGACUUUGGAAGUAUACAGGGGCUCAUCAACCAUAUGCGUCUCUCUCAUAAAAUUGUCUUCAAAAACACAGUUGAAGGUGUACGAUUUUGUGGCAUUGUGGUGCCAUCAAGCGAAGUGCCUUCUGACCAUCCCUGCCGCACUAAAGUCGUGUUUAGUUCUUUGGGAUCAAGCGACGCACAAGGACAGGGUGACUUUCCAAAGCCGACAAUUAAAACAUAUGACGAAGACGUGGAACUGGAAAUGGAUGAUGAUCGCGCAAGUGAGAGUAGCCGCGGACCACUGUCUCAACCGCCACGGAAAAACAGCGAUGCGUCAGUCAAUUCCUCAAAUACUGGAACGGAAAGCGAAUCUGAUACUUCUGAUGUGGCCUCUGCAGGUGAAUCCGAAUUACAUACUGGAAAGAGGCGGCGGUCGUCUCUUGCAUUGAGCAUUGUACGUCCACAAAAAGGGACACCGGGAUCGAAAGCAGAGGUGGGUUCGGAUAGUGAUGAUACGGAAGGUAACAAUGACAGUGGUGAGGAGACACUUCGACCGCCUCACGCCGGUAAAGGACCUAUGAGAAAAUACGACAGUAUGUCACAAGGACCCUCAUCAGCGUCCGUCUCUGGGCGGUCCAACGUAUCUUCGCGGCAGGCAACGUCAGUAUCCUACAAAACAACCGAUAAUAGGGUAUCGACCACUGUAAAUCCCAGAGCAACGGACCCUACAGUUAAUCCGUUUGAGCGAAAUGAUCUAGAAUCUUUUACGCCUAUUUCAGGAUUUCCUGCAAAUACACCAUCCUCUACUUCAUCUCAAGCUACAUCUAUUUUAGGACCGCAUACAGAAAUACUGCCACAAUCGCUGCACACACAACAAAUUCAGCCAACUAUCAUCACUUUUGGCGCGAAUGCUAUUCAUGCUGGAGUCCCUGCGCCGCUGGAUACUGUCGGGUCACGAUUUUACGUCAAGAGACGGAUUGUGAUUGGGAAUGUGUCCAAGUAUCUACCAGAAGACAAGCGUGACCCUAGACUCAGGGAAUUCCCAUAUAAGUGGAUGAUCUAUGUGGAUGGCACCCCCAAGCCGGAAGAUAUUACUGCCUAUGUCUCCAAAGUUGAAUUUCAUCUUCAUGAGAGUUAUAAGCCAAAUCAUAUAGUCACCGUCUCAGAACCGCCUUUUCACCUCAGUCGUUACGCAUGGGGCGAAACCCAGAUCAAAGUCCGUUUAUUCUUCCAUGAUGUUCGGAACAAACCAGUUGAGGUGUAUCACCGUCUUGCUUUGGAUCCAACCCUUUGCGGAAGACAAGUACAUGGAAGAGAAAGGCAUGUUGAUCUUGAGCUGGAUAGAAACACGACUUUUGUAACUACAACGCCCUUCCAAUCUCGAUCCAAAGGCAGUGCCAGCAAAUCCGGCUCGCGAAAUAAUAUAAUCUUGAAUUCAGCUGCAGAAGUGGCAAUGGCAGAUGGUGCGGAGGAAGAUGAAAGAGAACUACAAAACACGCUCUCUCAUCCAGGCACGUCAUCGAUCGACUUGCGCAACAUUGGCAAUAACACUGCGACACCAAAUGGGUUAGAAUCAACUAUCGAUACAGUACGAGCUGCAUCUAUGAAUGGCGACGUAUCCACAAGACAUAGAGCAAAGGAAACCACGUUUUCUUAUUGCAAAGCAUGUGGAUCGCUCUGGGAGCAGCAUCGCAAUGCAGUACUUGGUAUGGCAGGAAAUAUAUCUGAGUCUGUUUUAUUGAACGAAGAUAAUGGAAAAAGAAUCCCUAAUUGUCCGCAUCACCCUAGUUUCUAUGCCAUCAAGGAUGUGGAGGAAGAAGAAGGAAUGCUACUUUCAUUGUUGGUUGGGCGCUCCAAGAACAAAUUUACACUAGAUAUGCUCAAGAGUUGCGGAAUUGUCGAUCAGCAUGGACGGCCCAUUUCUAAGCACGACAUUAUAGUGAUGGAUAUGCAACAGCACUCGGAUUCGGGUAUGGAUUUGGAUAUUGGUGACAGUGAAGUGCCCUUAACAACGCCUACGCAGGCACAAACAUCAUUAAGCCCGACGGACACACCAUCAAAAGAACAGCAGGCGAAAAUACAGCAGUUGACGGAUGCAUUCCAAAAAAUUGAGGUAUAUAAGAGUCGACGCUCUGAAAUCGAUUGGGUUCUUUCUGUCAUGGAUGAACUCAAAUUGAAGACGCUGUUUCUAGAUGGUGGUCUUAAUGGCGGAUCUGGAGGAUCCAGAAACGGACUCCGAGAUCGCGAUCAGGCGCAAGAGAAGCUGUUGAAUGCCCCUGAUUUAAUGAAUGUGCCAGAAUCGAUGUCACAAAGGGCAGUCGUUGGAGGCCUCUUAGUUCACGCAACAAAGGCUUUUUUGAACCGAAUCCUUACUAAGGCUAUUCGCAUCUAUCGUGACGAGAGCGAAGCAGAGAAAGGACCAGAGUCAAUCAUGAUGGAAUUAGAUGAAAUGCAUGAGUCUGAUAACGAAGGUGGUUCUAAUGGCACCAAAACCACAAAAGUUUCGGAUAAGCUACUAGCACCAUACCAUAUUUAUCAGGCGCUGCAUUCAAAUCCCGAGGAGCUGGACUUCCUCACAAGCCAGUACGAAGACAUGGAGGGUAUUGGCGAGGCAAUGGUAUGAUUUUUAUUUUAGCACAUGU